AUGUCCACAGCCUCUUCGUCCACCUCCUCCUCGCGCACACCCACCAAACGCCUCCUCACCGAACUCUCCGCCUUCGCCGCCACCCCGCCCUCCAGCCACCCGUUCAUCGCCUCGCUCGCGCCCUCGCCCAGCUCCCUACUCUCCCUGCGCGCCAUCCUCGUCGGGGCGCCGCUCCCGGCGUCCUCGGGCUACCGCGCGGGCCGCUGGCUCCUGCACGUCGCCAUCCCGCCGACGUACCCGGUGGCGCCGCCGGCCAUCACCUUCGUGACGCCCGUGUGCCACCCGAACGUCAAGUGGGAGACGGGCGAGGUCUGCCUGGACGUGCUGGGCGCGAACUGGACCCCCGUCCUCGGCGUUGUGGGCGCCCUCGAGUGCGUCGGCCGGCUGCUGGCUGAGCCGGGCGUGGAGAGCCCGUUGGGCGUGGAGGUCGCGGCUUUGUUGAGGGGGGGGGAUCGCGUGGGUGCGAGGGCGUUGGUGGGGUUUUGGUGUGCGGAGGAGAGGUGGGAGGGGGGGUUGGGGUGGGAAGGGGAGGGAGACGGGGACAGGGACGCGGAGGAUGCGAGAGGAGAGGAGGUGGGGAGGAGAGGGGAGAGGAGUUAG